AUGGAGGUGUCAGUCGCUCGACGAAAAGAAGGAAAGAAUUCCUUGCCGGGCCCUUUGUCGUCACGCCAUCAUCAUAUUCAUCAGCUGAAGGAUGAUAGCCGACGCAAUGAACUGAUAGCCCGCUACAUCAAACUCAGAACAGGCAAAACGCGAACGAGGAAACAGGUCAGCUCCCACAUACAGGUUCUAGCGAGACGGAAACUCCGAGAAUUCCAGGCCAAAAUGAAAGUGGAUCACACAGUGCUCGGUCCCAAGGAGAAGAUGUUCCCGACGCCCAUGGACGGCAUGACUAGCGCACAGAUCGUCACGGUAGCAGCAGCGAAAGGGUUGAGCCUAGCGAAUCCUUCCUGCCUUCCGUAUGCCCACCACCAUCAUCCCCACCAUCCCCAUCAUCACCCCCACCAUCCUCCUCCGCCACCUCCCUCGCUACAUCACCAUCAGCUCCACCAUCACCCCCACCAUGGCCACCCCCACCCCCAAACUCACCAUCACCACCUUCCGCCACCUCCACCGCCGCCCUCGACGGCCUCACACUCCAACCAAUUCUGGCAGCCCGGUUUGCAGCCGAGCACGUCGCAGGACGUGAAACCGUUUGCGCAGGCGGCCUACGGCCCUAUGAAAACGGCCACGGCCGUCUCGGAUGUGGCCGGACUGCAGGCAGCACAUCCCUGGGAGGGCCGGGCGAUAGCGACGCACAAGUUCCGGCUGGUCGAGUAUAGCGCGUUCCUGGAGCUACGCGUCGAGGAUCCGUACCACAAACACUUGUUCGUGCACAUAGGCGACCAACCGGCCCACCCGCUGCUGGAAUCCGUUGAGGUGAAAGAAAUCUACGACAAAUUCCCCCAGAAGGCGGGUGGCCUCAAAGAGCUCUACGAGAAAGGUCCCAGUAACGCCUUCUUCCUGGUUAAAUUCUGGGCCGACCUCAACACCAACAUCGCCAAUGACGCUGGAGCAUUCUAUGGCGUCAGUAGUCACUACGAAAGUAACGACAACAUGGUGAUCACCUGCUCGACCAAGGUGUGCUCCUUCGGGAAGCAGGUCGUGGAGAAAGUUGAAACCGAAUACUCCCGCUUCGAGAAUGGUCGGUACGUGUAUCGGAUUAACCGAUCGCCCAUGUGCGACUACAUGAUCAACUUCAUCAACAAGCUGAAGCACCUGCCCGAGAAGUACAUGAUGAACAGCGUGCUGGAGAACUUCACCAUCCUGCAGGUCAUCUCCAACAAGGAAACGGACGAAACGUUACUGUGCGUGGCGUUCGUGUUCGAAGUGUCAACGUCUGAACAUGGCGCCCAGCACCACAUCUACCGCCUGGUGAAGGAAUAGCAUGAGAUCAGCACCCACCAAUCCAC